UGCCUGUGUGGUGUGGGUAUGCCUAUGCCCUUUGUGUGCACCUGUGUGAUGUAGAUGUGCCUGUACCCCAGCUGUUCCUGUAUGUAUCAGUGCCUGGAUGGGUCCUGGAGCCUCUGGCUGCUCUUCUCUUUAUAGGAUCUGUCUCUCUAGCCUGGACUUCCCAGAGGAAGAAGAGAACAGUGCAUGGGGGUGGAGUAGAGAGCAACACUAAAGCUCUGGACACAGAUAUCCCAAGUUCCAGUCAGGCCUGUGGCCUUCCCAUCUUAAGCCCUAAAGCUAAUACUCACUCCCUAGCUCUGGGUGAUACCAACAACUCUGAGGACUCUGCCUCUUAGCAAAUCAACACCCAAUUCCUGGGAACAUUUUUGGUGCCUUCUGCGACCUCCUCUUCAGGGAUGGCUGCAGGGCACUUUGUCCUAUGAGUCGGGGUGGAGAAUGUCCAGUCUCCUCCCCUCCCAAUCACUUCCUCCAUCAUCCAGGUCUCCAUUCACCAUCUUACUUCCUUCACUUCUCCUUGCCCAAUCCCUCCCACAAGGAAGCCCCUAAAACAGGUUCCCAGAUCUGGUCCCCAGCAUCUGCCCCUCACACCAGGGCCUUUCGGGAAGAUGAGUUCUACGGCUCCAUUCUCUCUGACUCCAGAUUCACCACACUGAAAGACAGCCUCUAGAUCAGCCCUGGAUGGAUUGCACCAUCUGGAGACUGCAGAAGACUUCUGCCAAGGAAAGUCUGGCCCUCCCCAGUCCUGUCUGCCCCCUCUGAGCCCCGUCUAAGAUUACAGCCCAUGGCCCUUCCUCUCCUUCCUUUCCCAGAGCAAGAGCCACAGCAGUUAGCCCAUGAGAGUGCUAGAGAGAGGCCUGGCCUGGGGAACCAAGAACCAGAAGGGAAGACCAGGCCUCUAGUCCCUCGGCACCAGACCUGACCCAGCCAGGCCUGGAAUGUCAACAUGAGUGUGAAUCCUCGGCCCCCCAAGGUGUAGCUCCAAAACCUGACUUGACAACUAUAAAAGAGGGUCCUUUGCCCGCAUCUUAAUCAACCGACUCCGCCCCUGGCCUCACCCCGUAAGAUGACGUUUCGACUCCGCCUCCUCUGGGAGACAUGCACAUCCCACCCCUUCCGGGGGACAGGCAAACCUAGUGCGCAACGGCAUCCCUGUGACGUAAUAGUAACGGUCCGUUUCCGGGGUGGAGCCAGGGAGGGCGGGAGUUUAGGCUGCGCUGACCCCUCUCAGCCCCCCCUCCAGGAGACGUUCGGAGCCCAGGACAUGUCGGGAAUGAGGAGAUACGAGGUGGCGCUGGAGGCGGAGGAGGAGAUCUACUGGGGCUGUUUCUACUUUUUCCCCUGGCUUCGCAUGUGGCGGAGGGAGCGGAGCUCGGCGCACCCCGGGGAGCAGAAGCUGGAGCCUCUGCGAGGCCUGAUGAGCUGUCUGUCCAGCGGCCUGGGUCCUACUCCCCAGCGCUCGGGUCGUGGCCUCCCCCGCCGCAGCCCCACCGCCGCUGCCCAGCCAGGCAGUGCAUUAAAGAUUUAAACCGAAGCCCACCGUACUGACCUCCUGACUCUGCCGCCGCUGUCGCCAUUCGAGCCGAGCGCCCCUCCCCACACUGGCUCUGUUCCGUACUGACAGGACGUCCCUCCCUGGAAGGGUGCCCUUCCACGUCAAAGCCCCUCAUCAGUGUCAGGCUUCCUGUUACUAUCAAUGACUGUCUCCCCCAAUCCCAACCCCCAAAAACCCAUACUGUGAGUCGCCUAUAUGGAGAAAAUUAAAUAAUCCUGCCUGUUACUCCCUUCCUCGGAGCCAGAACUUUGCCAGCUGUCUGAAGAAUCUUCUCUGCUGGGAGUGUAUCUAAAACAUUUUAAGCAGAGGUGUAGGAUGCAGGCUGUAAAUGAUAAGAGGGGGAGAUUUCCUAGAAGCUGCCUGCCACAGAGGAGCGACUUGGGUUGGCGACCUUUUCUACAGUUCAUACCCCAACUUUUGGCUCCUCCAGUCUGAUCCCAAGUUUAGAGAUCCUUGGCAUCAGCCUACCUAACAGUUCUUGCUCCCUCCCUAGGAGAGUCCAAGGUCCACUGCUCUCUGCCGCCCCCUUCUGUCACCCAAUCAGCCUGGGACCCACUAACUCCUCAAGUGGUGAGAAUCAGGGACUGCUAUGUGGGCCUGCCUUCAGUUAGGGACUGGACCCAGCACCAGAAAGGGCACCACAAGAUUAAGUUAAAGAAACAGACGGCCCAGUUUCUGGCUGGGGCCAAAGCUACAGCAGAUUGUGGCUGGGGAGAAGACUUGGUCUUAAAGGGGAGAGAUGGGUGCACACCCAAAAGCAUUUGUUUUCUGCCUUCCGAAGGCCUCUGGACCGACAAGUCCAGGGAAGACCAGAAAGUAGGUAGCGCACAGCCAACUGAUGAAGAAGGUCUAUGACAAGACCGAGGAACCUGGGAGAUUUCCUUGGGAUUUCCUCAGUGGCUACACCCAACAAGCCUUGGGACACAAGAGAAAGGCCUAAGCCCUAUCCCAAAAGAAAGCCUACUCCAUAGAGAGUGGCUGACCCUACAGCAGACGACUGCAACAAGAUAAGGGCUGGAUUACUGCGUUAUGACUUGGUUUAUGUUUCAAAUAUAGAGCAGGACUUGCAGAUUGAGAUCCCUGGACCAGGAGUGGGAAAUUCUUAAAGGAGCCAGGGGCACUGAACUUGGCAGCAUACCCCCACCCUAGGCAGCUCCCAGCUUCCUGGAAAGGACUGGAUAAAGAUGAAUAGGAGCUUUGCAUUGCGGGGAGGGGGUAAAGAACGGAGUGACAGCUGGGUAUGGGAUUAGGAGAGAAGCGGCUAUACCUGGAGGGUGGGAUGCAGGGGGUAUAGCAGUUGGACAUGAGGGUGUGACUGAACCCGGGUAGGGAGGGGGGAUGUUCCUCCAGGCCCAGGAAGGAGGCUGGAAUUUGAGUAAAACAAAGAUGUAAUUGAGUGCUUGAGUCCGAUGUCUUCAACAAGUCAGGGACUGGAUCUGGAGACCCUAGGCCCCUGCUGGCAAGAGGUUGGCAUUCCUGGAACAGGACUAGACAAAAACAGGAAGCUUCACUGCCCAGGGCUUAGGAGCACAUGGGAAAUGGCUAUCCUAGAUGAGGAAGGAGUCUGUGGCAACAGGCCGAGAAUUAGGGCCCAGGAGUGUCACAGGUUACUACAAUACAUCUCCAACUGCCUCUGACUCACCUAGUGCCCCAGGUAAAAGACACCCAGAUAAAAGGUAGGGGAGGAGGAGAGAGAGAGAAGGAAGAGUCUAGGCUGAGCAACAUGAAGGGGCCCUCAACCUUCUGCAGCCUCCUGCUGCUGUCAUUGCUCCUGAGCCCAGACCCUACAGCAGGCUUCACCUGGCUCAACGCAGCAUCUGCAUCCACCCCCAGAACCCCAGCCUGUCACAGUGGUUUGAGCACCAAGAGAGAAAGCUCCACGGGACUCUGCCCAAGCUGAAUUUUGGGAUGCUAAGGAAAAUGGGCUGAAGCCCCCAAUAGCCAAAUAAUAAAGCAGCAUUGGAUAAUAAUCUCUAAGUAUAA